AUGCUUAUCAAAGAGUACAGGUUGCUGCUUCCGUGCUCAGUAGACGAGUACUUUAGAGCUCAGCUCUACAUGGUGGCCAAGGCAGCCCAACAGGAGACUGGAAAGCGAGCGGGCGAGGGCCUCGUCAUCGAAGAAAAUCGACCGUACGCGGCCGAUGACCCCUGUAACGAGUACCACAUGCCUCCCGGUCAGUAUACGAAGAAAGUGUUUUACCUCAAGUCCAAAGUACCGGCGUUUGUUCGUUUUGUUAUGCCAGAGAGCGCGCUGACAAUGGUCGAACGCAGCUGGAACGCGUAUCCGCACUGCCUCACGGUGUACUCGAACGAGUGGCUUGGAGACAAGUUUCGGCUGAGCGUGGAAACCGUGCACGCUCCCGAUGCUGGAACGCAGACGAACCCCUUGAACUUGAAAGACGACGAACUACGCAAACGCCAGGUUGACUUUAUAGACAUUUCGUGUGCGGUGCCGCGAAUGGAACCGAACGAGGACCCCACCAGUUGGCAGAGCCGUCGCACUGGGCGUGGACCUCUUGUCCCGGGGCGCUGGUACUACGAGUCACAGCCGGUGAUGUGUGCGUACAAACUUUGUAAGCUGGAGUUUCGAAAAUGGGGUCUUCAGACCAUGGUCGAAGAGUGGGGUCACAAGUACGGGCUCAAAUACACGUUCAUUCGGUAUCAUCGGAAACUCGUUUGUUGGAUGGACGAAUGGAUCGAUAUGACCAUCGAGGAUAUUCGGCGCAUGGAAGAUGAGACAGCUGCGGUGACACGCUACAAAUAUGAGUAUUCGCUGAAGCACGGCGGUACGCAUGACGGCAUCGAGUCCGACUGGGAAGGCGACACCACCGCCGUCGACGAUACCACUUCGCAGGAGCGUCCCGUCGCUGCAAGCAACAGUGCAGCGUUGCCUGCAUCGAGCGCUGCAGUUGGUGCCGACGCCUAUCCGGACACGCAUUUGAAAAGCAAAUGGACACCUCACCACGAAGAAGCCGUAGCGGAAGCAUCCGCAGAAGCAGUCCAUUCUGACGGUGAAGUACGCGCUUCAGCUCCCGCACGAGAAGCGGAUCACGACUUUAGUGCGUAG